GAAAGUCUGAGCCCAUGUCUCACCUGUCUGUUUCACCUGUUUGUCUCACCUGUCUGUCUCACCUGUGUCAGGUGUCAGUGAUGCUGCAGCUUCCCCUGGUGGUGACCGCUCAGGUGGACCUGGUCCUGCUGCUGGUGUCCCUACUGUCCUUCUGGACCAGACUGAGCCGCCUCAGCUACCCCAAUGCCGUGGUGUUCGAUGAGGUGUAUUACGGUCAGUUCGUGUCUCUCUAUGUGAAGAGAGUUUUUUUCAUCGAUGACAGUGGGCCGCCACUUGGUCACAUGAUCCUCGCCCUUGGAGCAUACCUGGGAGGAUUUGAUGGAAACUUUGUGUGGAACAGGAUCGGAGCAGAGUAUCCCAACAGUGUGAGUGUGUGGAGUCUGCGGUUGCUGCCCGCUCUGUGCGGAGCGCUCUGUGUUCCUCUGGUUUACCUGCUGACUCUGGAGCUGAAGUUCUCUCACCUGUCGGCUCUGGGAGCGUCUCUGCUGCUGCUGCUCGAGAACUCUCUGAUCGUCCAAUCACGCUUCAUGUUACUGGAGUCUGUCCUAAUCUUCUUCGUGUUGUUGGCCUUCUUCUCCUACCUGAGGUUCCACAACGCUCCCAACAG